AAUGUUUUUGUGUUGUAAUUACGGCGCACACUAAAAUAGUAAGCUACAAAAAAAACAGAUAAUAAUGAUAUCCUUUCAAAGUAUAUAGAUAUAGGACAUGACAAUCUUACAGUCGCCGUCGGGUACAUAUGGAAUGUUCGUGAAUUAUUAAUAAUGGCAUUUGACAUUUUAAAGCUAGUUUUUAAGUAGGAAAACGAACAGCAUGUGACUUAAGAUUUUAAAUCAACAUCAUCAAUGGAGUCAUCUGAUUUAAAUGAAGAGAGAACUCAAACGGUUAACGACAAGCUUGAGGAUAUAAUCAACACUUAUUUGUCAAUUCUCGACCACCAGCAAAAUGAAAUUUAUGAAGUACGUAUGAUGCAUCAUGAAGUUUGGAGAGAUGUGCACCAAGUAACAGGCAUUUCAGAAACACGUGCCGGUAGUAGAGUUGAGAGGUAUACAAAGAUAUUGCCGAUCGGUUCAAAAUCCGACGUGGAUUAUAAACUUUGCGUUCAAGAUGUUGAAAUUGAUAUGUACGAAGAUGAGAAGCUGUAUGCCGUGCCUUGUCCAGCAAAAGCGUAUUGUAAGUUAUAUAUUACGGCUAAAGGAAUGGCUAUGGUUGAAGAAAAUAAAUUGCUCUCAAAACUUUUUAGAUUUUCAAUUUUCAAAUGUCAGAAAUCUGAAAUAUAUAUGGUGAAGCCAGCAAUAUUUAAAACUAAUGUUGUAGAACACUGCAAAUUUGAGAUGAGGGAAACAGGUGAUCAAAGGUCACCGACUAGUCCAGCUGUGAGCGGAGAAGGAGCCCUUAAUCCUUAUGACAUAGUCCCAUGCUUGAUGUUCAAGAGUUGGCCUAACUUUAUAAGGAAGACAGUUUUGGAUAUGUAUAUCUUCAAGUCAAGUAAAGGUGUCCCUUUACCAGUAUUUAUAGUACCAACAGGGAAUCCAUUGUCUGAAACCAGAAAUCUGGAGUGGCGGCUAUCAUUCGCCGUAUUAGAAAUUGAGAUAUUUCGACAAUUGAAAAGUCACCAAAGGCGUCUUUACGGACUUGCAAAAUACCUGUUUAAAGUAGUUUUCGAAGACCUUGAACUCAUUCAGUCAUAUCAUUUAAAAAUUUUGUUUCUACGAAGACUUGAAGAUGACGAUCUUGUCCAAGCUAAGCCGCUAUCUUUUCUACACGACUUUUUCAAAUACGUCCUAGACGCCAUUGAAAAACAAUACAUUACUCACCUUUUCAUCGAUGACUGUAACAUAUAUCCUGUUCACUACCAUUCUGAUAGGAAAAAAGAACAAUUUCGUUUGAGGGUCGAACAUGACAACUUUCUAUCAGUUACCAGAUGUAAGAUUAAGGAAAUCAUAUCCCAUGACACAAGAACAAAUAUUACCGAGUGGAAAUCUUGGUUAGAAAGUAUGAAACAAGCGUUAGAAGAUCGCAGGGAUGCCGGUUUGUCCGAGGUUUGGAUAGCAGAGUAUCUCACACGGCUUCUGAGCGUUAUUGUCUAUUGCCUUCAGAAAAGUCAAUCCCAGAAUAAACUUCACAACGCUGUAAAAAAUCUAGUACAACUUGUACAUGCUAACCAGCACAACAAGUACAUUAAAAGAGUUAAACCAAAUAUUAGUUGCUUGUUGAAUGAUGUUUACCAAAUGGACAUGAUUUCUGACAUUGGAACUGAACCAGUAAAAUCUUGUGACCGAGCAAGUUUUGCUAUUAACAGAGCAUUUUAUUGUUACGAAAGAAAUGAUAUCGAUGGCGUCAGCCAAUAUCUCCAGGAAGCUGAAAACACAGUCAUAAACACAGAAACUGUUGGAAUAUCUGUCACUAAAUUCCACAAUGGGAUAGACCAACCUCUUGACUUUGUAAUCAGUUACUGCCAGGAAAAGCUGAAUGCAAAUCGUUUCUAUCUCUGCCCGAACGUUACCCGCUUACAUAUUAAUAUUCAGCUUCGAAUCAGAAAAAUGAAUGGUCUGUUAAAGCAGAAGGUAAGUGAGAAUCAGAGUAAGAAUGCUGCUAUUUCGCAAACAUCCACCACUUUCGUGCAGGAUUACGUCACCUUUAUGGACAUAUUUGCCGAUGACAUUCUCCAAACAUCAAAUGAUAUAGCUAAACUAGUUACUGAACUAGUAAACGCUGCAAAUGCUGCAGCGCCGUAG